AUGAAAAUUAUAAUUGCCUUAACGCUGUCUUUGGCUCAACUCUACGGUCUUAUAGACUGUGUUGAGUACACGGACUGCGGUUCAGUUGACGGUCGGGUGACGGCUAUAGCGGUGGCCGGUUGUGGUCCGGGAGACGAGUACUGUCAGCUCAAAGGUGGCAAAAAGGCCAGCAUUGAUCUAGGAGGUUCGGAGGUAUGGUCUUUGAAAAAGGAUGCCUGCGGUGGUGAAUACAACGUCAAGUGUCCGCUCAAAAAGGGCUCACAGAAUGAGAUGAAGAUCGCGAUGGAUGUGCCGGACAUACCGUCGGAUAUUAAGGUUGAGAUCGCUGUGGAUCUGUUGGACACCAGCGUUAUAAUGAACGCAUUUCUAACCCUCGCUGUGGCGGCCAUCGCAUUGACCGGUUGUGUUCAGUCGGUCGACAUCACGGACUGCGGUUCAGUUGACGGCACCGUCACAUCGGUUUCGGUUAAGGGCUGCGGACCCGGCGAUGAGUACUGUACGUUCAAGACGGGCACCAACGCCGGCAUUGACAUCAAGUUUGAUUCCAAGGUGGACACGAGCUCUGCCAAAGUGAAACUCUGGGCUGUUAUCGCUGGUUCGCCAAUUGAGUUCCCGUUUACUCACAGCGACGCGUGUAAAGAGUGGGGACUUCACUGUCCGCUAACAAAGUCGAGUCACAACGAGUUUAAGCUUCAAAUGCCAGUCGAGAGCUCUUACCCUAAAAUCAAGCUCAGUAUCCGAGUCGGUCUCGAAGACGCCGCAGGAAAACUGCUUAUCUGCCAAGAAAUACCCGCUGAGAUCAAAUAAAUUGACCAUGCUUAUUUACUAAAUUAAUUAAUUUGCAGC